CUACUGAGCAACUCAUUCACUCCCUUGCUAUCCCCUCUUCAGUCUAUCAUGAAUGCUGCUACCAGACUCAUCCACCUUACUAACCGCUCUGUAUCUGACACCCCUCUCUGCCAAUCCCUCCACUGGCCUCCACUCAGUGUCCUCCAUCCCUCUCUGCCAAUCCCUUCACUGGCCUCCACUCAAUGUCCUCCACCCCUCUCUACUAAUCCCUCCACUGGCCUCCACCCCUCUUUACUAAUCCCUCCACUGGCCUCCACUCAGUGUCCUCCACCCCUCUCUGCCAAUCCCUCCACUGGCCUCCACUCAAUGUCCUCCACCCCUCUCUACUAAUCCCUCCACUGGCCUCCACUCA